AUGGCAAUGGUUGAUGAACUUGUUGACAAUGCUGGUGAAAUAAUUGACCAUCCAAAUGUUGUAUUUCCUUCGGCAAGUGAGGUCAAAGCUCCUGGAAGACCUAAGCACGUCAAAAGGAAAACUGCUCUCCCAAAGGACUUUGUCCGUCACAAGCACAGACAUCUCCUUGUGCAAAAGAACAAAAAUGAUAUCAGAAGUAUUUUGAAAGAAGGACUUAAAGAAGUGAUGAAGGAGUUCUUAGAGGAAGAGCCUCUCAAAAAAAUCAUAAAAGAAAUAAAAAAAGAAACCCAAUUCGCUGAAAAACAAGAGCCUCUCGAAGAAGCUAAAACAACCAAUUUCGCUAAAAAGCAAGAGCCUCUCGAAGAAGCUGAAAAAUAUUCCUCUGGAAUUAAAAGACCUAAACAUCUCCAAGACGACUACUGGUACGAUUUGCCUAGUCCAAAAAAACAAAACAAAAAUGUGCAUGACUUUGCUCUGCCUGCUCAAAUCGACCAAGCCGCCAUUUCGUUGACGUUUAACCCCAAGUCCGAUGGUUGGUGCGGUUUCCGUGUAUUUGCACACCUGAAAGAGGGUGGAGAGGAUCAGUUUCCUUUGGUGAAGAAGAAGAUGUUGGCCACGAUGGCAACCCACGGUAAACUUUACGAGCACAACUUUGGCAUGGAUGUUGCUGAAGUGACAGAGGUCAUUGCCUUUGGCUCUGAGAUUGACCCUGCUCUUGGGGAAAAUAUCCCAUCUUGCCCUUCCUCUAUGUGGUUCUCUGCACCAGACUGUGCUCAGAUAAUAGCUGACACCUAUAACGAGCCUGUUUGUGUGUACUCGGACGAUCGGAGCGUCUUGCCUGUAACUUUCCUUCCCCUCCAUGAUCGGAAGCCUCUCAAAAGAAAGCCAUUGCCGAUGGUCUUGCACCAUGUACAUGGGUGCCACUGGACAACAAUUAAAGUGAAGCCUCAUUUACAUCGGUCCUGGCCUGAGGUAAAUGCGCUGUAUUUUGAUGCUAUCCGUAGAGGUAGUAUCAUUGACUGCUUUUCCACAAGUUGGAAUCAUUGGGGUCAGUUCCCAAAGAACAAGUCUUAUCUUUUACCCUCCACUACUACAACUACUACAAUUACUACUACUGCCACUAACUCUCCUACAAAUUCUCCCGUAAAUUCUUCUGAUAUUAUUGACCUCACACAUAUAUAA